UUUUGUGGACCUAUUUUUCCUUCAACGACACGUCGAAGUUUUUGUCAACCGAACCUUCUUCCUCUCUCUCCCGUGUUUCUUUGAAAAGGGAAAGUAUUGGUAUUUCAAUUCAGCUUUUCGAUUUGGUCACAAAACGAGAACUGGUUUUUGUGUUGGACAAAUAAAGGUGAGAGCUUUAAAUGCGAGUUGGUUGAUGUUGGUUUCUUUCAUGCCUCUCUUUUUCGAAUGACCUUAAGAACUAAGCAUACCCAUCUCUUUCUAUCACUCUCUCUCUCUCUCUCCCUAUUUGAUAAAGUCUUGGCUCUGAGGGGUUUAUAGACCCAAUCGUUGUAGAUCAAUCAAACGAGCUCUGUUUAUAUAUUAGGUUCUGCGUAAGAGGGGUUUGGAUCAAGAAAUAAUGGAGUUCUGUGCGUACCCAUCUCGAUCUUUUAUGCCUUUGUUGUCUUCGUUUGGGAGUCACGUUGAGAGGGUUAAAGAGAUAUUCAAUUUCGCAGUUUCUACCGUUCUUGGGAAUCUCUUCUCUGCGAUCUUCACCUUCUUCUUUGCUUUAGUUGGAACCUUGUUGGGAGCCAUGACCGGAGCUUUAAUUGGUCAAGAAACUGAGAGCGGUUUUGUUAGAGGAGCUGCAGUUGGGGCCAUAUCAGGAGCUGUAUUUUCUAUUGAAGUUUUCGAGUCUUCUCUUGUUUUGUGGCAAUCAGAUGAAUCUGGGAUUGGGUGUCUCCUCUACUUGAUUGAUGUACUUGCAAGCCUUCUUAGUGGGAGACUUGUUCGAGAGCGAAUUGGUCCAGCCAUGUUAAGUGCAGUUCAAAGUCAGAUGGGUGCCAUAGAAGUGACCUUUGAGGAGGUACCGAACCUCUUUGACACUGGUGGCUCUAAAGGAUUGCCUGGACAUCUAGUCGAAAAGAUCCCACAGAUCAAAAUCACCAGCAAUAACAACAUUGAUGCUUCUGGGGAGAAAGUUUCUUGUUCAGUUUGUCUUCAGGACUUUCAAAUGGGAGAGACAGUCAGAAGCUUGCCUCAUUGUAAUCACAUGUUUCACCUACCAUGUAUAGAUAAGUGGCUUCUUAGGCAUGGUUCUUGCCCAAUGUGCAGAAGGGAUCUGUGAGGUUGUUUCUGUAGAAUGUUACAAGAUGAGAGAGAGUUCUUUCAUUAUUUUACACUGUGGUUGAAUCAUUGUAAUCAACUACCAUAUGUAGAAAAAUUUUGGCUUCUGAUAGUUCUCUAUGCUUCUUCUGGUAGUGUAUAUUACUCCAUCACCAACUUUGGUUUUCACCGAUUAAAACUAAUCAUCAUUGUUUAUUAUUGGCAAUUAGUGACCAGUAGCUUUGGCCUGUAUUGGAAUCUCUCUCUAACAAGAGAUGGGAAGCAUCAAAUUGCAAGAACUGGUGGUGCUAGUAACUGCUACAUUCAUCAA